CUUAACAUCUAAAACCAGUGUGUCUUCUUCCUCGUAAAAUAACUUCCCCACCGCUCGUCGGCCGGUGCCAAAAAUAAUAAUAAUAAUAAUAACAAUAAAUCAACGGCUGUGAUCAUUCAUCAUCGUCGACGUGUAUCUCCGUCACCGGAGCUCCGGCAAUUAUUCUUCUUUUUCCCGCCAAAUUUUGAUAAGAUCCGUUAAAAAAUCAUCAAUUCAGUGCGUAUUAUUGAGCUGCUAGGGUUUCAUUCGGUUAAUUUGAUCGUGAAAAAAGAGAAAAAAUGGCGCAGAUUCAGGUGCAACCUCCGACGGUGACUGGACCGAACAACGGUGUGGCGGCGACGGCGACGGCGAAUGCGAGUGGUGUAGCGGCGGCUGCGGUGGUGGCUGCGGCGGCGGCAGCCGGUGGAAAUCAGGCGUUUGUUACGACGUCGCUUUACGUAGGGGAUCUGGAGGCGAAUGUUACGGAUUCGCAGUUGUAUGAUCUGUUUAAUCAAGUUGGACAGGUGGUGUCUGUUAGGGUUUGUAGGGAUUUGAGUACCCGACGAUCGCUUGGUUAUGGUUAUGUUAAUUACAGUAAUUCUAGUGAUGCUGCAAGGGCUAUUGAUGUACUGAAUUUCACUGCUGUGAAUGGGAAGGCAAUUCGCAUCAUGUAUUCUCAUAGGGACCCAAGCAUUCGUAAAAGUGGAACUGCAAACAUAUUUAUUAAGAACUUGGAUAAGUCAAUUGACAACAAAGCAUUGCAUGACACAUUUUCAAGCUUUGGCAACAUACUUUCUUGCAAGAUAGCUACAUAUAACACAGGGCAGUCCAAAGGUUAUGGAUUUGUGCAGUUUGACACUGAAGAAGCUGCUCAAAAUGCAAUCGAUAAACUAAACGGUAUGCUGAUUAAUGACAAACAAGUCUACGUUGGUCAUUUUCUUCGUAAGCAAGAACGAGACUCAUCAUUAAGCAGGGCAAAGUUCAACAACGUCUAUGUGAAAAACCUAUCUGAUUCCACUACCGAUGAAGAUUUAAAAAAGACAUUUGGUGAAUACGGAACCAUCACAAGUGCUGUUGUUAUGAAAGACGGAGACGGGAAAUCCAAAGGUUUUGGAUUUGUUAACUUUGAGAGCGCAGAUGAUGCUGCUGUUGCGGUUGAGGCUUUAAAUGGGAAGAAGAUUGAUGAGAAAGAGUGGUAUGUUGGUAAGGCUCAGAAGAAAUCUGAACGAGAACUUGAGUUGAAGAGUCGGUUUGAGCAGACUGCUAAAGAAGCUGUUGAUAAGUUUCAAGGUGUUAAUUUGUAUGUCAAGAACUUGGAUGACACUAUUGAUGAUGAUAAACUUAAGGAACUUUUUUCUGAGUAUGGUACAAUCACUUCAUGCAAGGUUAUGAGGGAUCCUAGUGGAAUCAGUAGAGGGUCUGGAUUUGUGGCAUUUUCGUCGUCCGAAGAGGCUUCUCGAGCUCUUUCUGAGAUGAACGGAAAGAUGAUUGUGAGCAAGCCGCUUUAUGUUGCACUUGCACAGCGUAAGGAAGAGCGAAGAGCAAGGCUGCAGGCACAAUUUUCACAAAUGAGGCCAGUUGCAAUGACACCGUCAAUGAUGGCUCCUCGAAUGCCCAUGUAUCCUCCUGGGGCUCCGGGUAUGGGCCAGCAGCUAUUCUAUGGCCAAGCUCCACCUGCUAUAAUUCCUCCACAGGCUGGAUUUGGCUACCAGCAGCAACUGGUACCUGGAAUGAGGCCGGGUGGCGGUCCUAUGCCAAACUUUUUUGUACCCGUUGUCCAACAAGGGCAGCAGGACCAACGCCUUGGUGGGAGGCGUGGAACCGGUCCUGUGCAGCAAAAUCAGCAGCCUGUUCCAAUGAUGCAGCAUCAGAUGGUUCCAAGAGGCCGCAUGUAUCGUUAUCCCAGUAGGGAUGCAAACACAGCAGCGGCAAGUGUUGGCGGAGGAAUGCUUCCAGUACCAUACGACAUGGGCAGCAUGCUUCCACGAGAACAGCCAAUGCCUAUUACAGCAUUGGCUUCUGCACUUGCUAAUGCUUCACCUGAGCAGCAGAGGACGAUGCUGGGUGAGAACCUGUAUCCGUUGGUGGAUCAAGUGGAGCACGAGCAUGCGGCUAAGGUGACGGGGAUGCUUUUGGAGAUGGACCAAACGGAGGUGUUGCACUUGCUCGAGUCACCAGAGGCGUUGAAGGCAAAGGUUGCAGAGGCUAUGGAGGUCCUUAGAAAUGUGAAGCAAGCCAACAAUCCAUCUGCUCAGCUUGCCUCACUAUCCCUCAAUGAAAACCUCGUUUCUUAGGUAAAGUAGAUGAGUUUUUAUUCGUUUAUUUGUUUAUUUUUUUAAAGAGAUGAUUUGCAGGAUUUUGGUGUUGCUUUUGUUUAAUAAACUAUAAACCAAUAUUUGUACCUUCACUUCAUUGAUGGUGAUGGUUUAAUUUCAUCAAAUAAAGAGUACCCGGUUACCAUACAA